GCAGCGGAAUGUCAACAAACAAACAAUAGUUUCAUUUCGUCGGCAUUGAAUCGUGACUCGUGAGGCCUUGUUGGCUGGGUCUCAUCGGGCGUUAAAGAAAGAACUGAUGAAUGAAGAGCACAAUCCCAAAACCCCACUCAAAAACCCUACCUUUAUUUUUUCUUUAUUGCAGAAUUCGAACAUCGAUUUGGAUACCUGAAGGAGGCUCUAACAGGGCGACAAAAUUCCAAGCACAGAUGAUCAAAUUGCUCAAUGUUUUGAAUUUGUUGACACUGAUAAGUUGAGCACUCUGGGAAGUCUUCCUGUUAUCUCAUUUGAAUAUGUAUUGUCAUUAUCAUCAGUGGUGUUUUCUUCAUUCUGCCCAGUUUUAUUGUUUACAGGCGGCAUCGUUCUGUACGUGCUAUUGUAAUUAGCACUAUAUCGGUUCUCCUAUCUUAUCCUUUGUCAUGCUUCGUGUUCCUUUACUAAUUUCCUAAUAAAAAUUCAAGUAUGACAGUCGUUGAAUCACGCCUGCAACAACUGCCAAUGUGCCUCAGGCUUUACUUCCGUUCGUCAAACCUGUUCAACAACCUAUCUCAGCAAACUCGCUGCUUUGCCAGUAAUUCAUUCCCUUGUAAAGUCUCACAGUACCUUCACCGAGCCAAGCUUAUUGAUUCAAUUCGGCUUGGUCUCCGCUCCAACCAUCCGGAAUCACUCAUCCCUCUCUUAAGUGAUCCCAGUGUGGACUCUUUCGUAGUCUCUAAUGCCCUACGUUCUGCUCCUUCCCCAGAAUCUGCCCUUUCCCUCAUUCAAACUCUUGAAGCCAUUCCUCAUUUCUCUCACACUCAAAAUACUGUCUACACACUGGCCAAGAUCCUAGCCAAGUCUCACCGGAGUUCCGAACUUAAGGACUUGAUAGAUGCCGUCAAUGCUGGCAAGUUCACAAAUGUGGCACGUGUCAGCUUUAUGGACCGCAUGCAAUGGUAUGCUGCUGCUGGAGACCUCGAUUCAGUUCUUUGUGUCUGGAAUGACUUGAGAGUCUCUCAAAAGCGUCCAUGUACUGAGUCUUACAACAUUGUGAUGAGCCUUUACGUCGACAUGGGUAAGGACAUGGAGGCUGUGGAACUUUUCUAUCGGAUGAUUGAUGAAGGGGCAAUUCCUAAUUCGAGAACAUACACAAUUAUGAUCAAGCACCUUGUGAAGUGUGGGAAAGUGGAUUCUGCAUUUGAUGUUUUUAAUAUAUUGCCAUUCAUGAGGAUUAAGCGUACUUUAAAGCAGUAUUCAAUUUUGGUGGAGGGAUUCAGUGCUUUAAAGCAGUUUGAUGCAAUUAAGACUCUGCUUAAUGAGAUGAGGAUUGAUGGAAUUUUGCCUGGCCGAGCCAUGCGAUUGUCGUUGCAACACACGCAAGAGGCAGGAUUUGUGCAUGAAACAGAUGAAUAUCUUAGAGAAAUGUUACCAGAUGAGAGAAUAAAAAAUGUGGGGUUGUCUGUAGAUAGUAGCGAUGAUGAGGAUGUUGAUUUUGACUAUGGAAGUGGUGAAGCUGAUGUAGGAGUCCACUUAAAACCAUGGUUGGAUCCUAGAGCUUUAGCCCAUGCCUUGUGUCAUUGGAGUCCUGAUGAGGUAGCAGCUCUGGGAAAUGCAAAAUUUGUGUGGACAACUCGGUUGGUUUGCAAAGUACUUAGAAAUUUCAAUUCACCAGUAACAGCUUGGGAUUUUUUCUUUUGGGUUGCUAGUCAGCCAGAAUUCACUCAUGAUAUCUACACAGUACAAAGGAUGAUAGUUCUUUUAGCGCGCCAUGGGCAUGUUACCUUGGUUGAUGAACUCUUACUGAAAAUAAGGAGGGAGGGAAUCAGCUUGCCUUUCAGUACCAUCAGAUUGAUCAUUGACUUCUAUGGCAUUUCAAAAAAUGCUGAUGCCGCUCUCAACAUCUUCCGUGAUUGUAAAUUGCUCUGUGGUUCCAUAUCAGAUUCCAAUCUGAUGCUAAUGUAUUCAUCUCUCCUGCGAACAUUGACCAAAUGUAACAGGAAUUCUGAUACUUUUAGUGCACUUGAAGACAUGUUUUCAUGUGGGAUAUAUCCAGAUAUCCAGACAUUUUCAGGUUUGAUGCAUCAUUUUGCACUACAGGGAGAUAUAAAAACGGUGCAGAAACUCUUUACAAUGGUUAGGCAGUGUGGCGUUGAGCCAGAUGCUUAUAUGUUUAAGGUUCUUAUCCAUGCUUACUGUAAGUGCAAGAGAGCUUCUCUUGCUUGGAGGAUUUUUGAAGACAUGAGGAACUUAGAUUUGAUGCCUGAUGCUGCCACAAAAGAAUUGCUUGUGAAGAGUCUUUGGAAGGAGGGCAGGCGGAGAGAAGCUGCUGCUGUAGAAGAGAGAAGUGAGGAAAUAAGAGGCAUCUUGCCACUUGCAUUGCGUGGUCAUGUUUGGACUGUGAGCUCUGCAGAUCUCACAAGAGUUUAUGAUAUCUACUCCACUAGUUUUACAACCUACAGUGGGUAGAGUUAUGCAUGGAUUUGGAAAGCAGAUGAUGCAGUGAAGUGAUCAACAACUCAUCCAUGUGGAAAUUUAAUCCAUACUGUGAUGGGGGGAAUCUAUUGAGGUGAAUUUAUGGCAGAUAUUGGAGUUGGUAUGGUUGAACUUUUAUCCCUUGUGUUAGUUUGUGUUAAUUAAAUCCAUCUCAUCAAAAGGAAAUUAAAAGAAGACAAAGGAUAAGGAGAUGAAUAAGAGGAAGAAAACAAGAAUAUGCUGCAACUUCAUGCUUAUAUUGAGUAAAGUAUAAUCAUUACUCAAGUUGAUUUUUGUAAUGUGGCAUUCUUUUACAUUUUUGAUUCAGCAUGGAUAUAUGUUUUGAGUUUGUUCA